ACCAGGAAGUCGUCGUGUUACUUUCCCCCUUCACCUCCUUCUCCUCUUCCUCCUCCACCUCCUCCUCCUCCUCUUCCUCCCGCAGCUUUGCCAGAAACGAGAGAAACUACCCGGGCUGGUAAGUUUCCCCCAAGUCGGUGGAAAACUACCGGGGGACAGUUUCACACCGGCUCUGCCCGCGGCCUCGGUCUGUGCCGCUAAACUUUGGCCGGUUGUCAUCGACGGAGCGGCGGCUCGGGAAGUGUCCACAGAACGGAGAAGUGUCCCCGGAGCGACCGUAAAGAAUCUCACCCAGUCUCCGAUGGAAGAUAUUGAAAAUUGAGGAUCUGCCUGAAUCCCAGCUUCCCUCCAAGAUGAAUCCUGCUCCUCAUUAUACUUCAUCCAGCUGCACAUUCACUGACACUGUUUUGUGUCUGCACAACUUCACUAACCGUAGAGGUGUGACUCCACGUCUCUGAUCAUGUACUUGUGAUGAAACACUGGCUGCCCCUCCCAUAUCCCAUUCCUUUUGUCUGUGACAAACCGUCUCUCUAUUCAAACCCGUCCCUCCUACUCUUCGAGUUCCUGGACCAUGUUCCGCAAGAAAAGCUCCCUCAUACUAUGUGGUAUGUUCGUAUUUAUCAGCUGGAAUGCCAUACUGGUGCUUCUGCUGCGGGGCAGGCCUGCACCCGGGCCGUCGAGCGUGCCUAGCCAAGAGAAGGGGGAAGUGGGUCAAAUCCCUAUGAACGAUGUCAUGGGAGAUGUGCUUCGAAUGGCCGACGUGUUCGAGGCAGAGCUCGAUCUGCAGAAGAAAAUCCUGAUCCAGAUCAAGAGUCACAAGUCACUGUGGGAUCCGUCGAACAGAAACAAACAGAAGGUCGUAGCCGCACCUGCACCUGAGCCCGUCAUUCCUAUCCUGGUUAUUGCCUGUAACAGGGUCACUGUAAGACGCUGCUUGGACAAACUGCUGCAGCACCGUCCCUCAGCAGAGCUUUACCCAAUCAUAGUGAGUCAAGACUGUGGACACGCUGAGACUGCUGAAGUGAUUCGCUCUUACGGAGAUAAGGUGACUCAUCUAAAACAGCCGGACUUGUCUGACGUCGCUGUGCGGCCAGAGCACAAGAAGUUUCAGGGUUACUACAAAAUCUCCAGGCAUUACCACUGGGCUCUCAACCAAGUGUUCAAGACCCUGUCUCAUUCCUCUGUUGUGAUUGUAGAGGAUGAUUUGGAGGUGGCACCAGACUUCUUCGAGUACUUCCGCUCCCUGCUGCCACUUUUGAAAUCCGAUCCCAGUCUGUGGUGUGUGUCCGCCUGGAAUGACAAUGGCAGGGACGGCUACGUGGAUCCUGGGAAGGCGGAUGUGCUCUACCGGACGGACUUCUUCCCUGGUCUGGGUUGGAUGCUCGUCGGGGAGGUGUGGGAGGAGCUGGAGCCCAAAUGGCCUGCUUCAUUCUGGGAUGACUGGAUGCGUCAGCCAGAGCAGCGCCGCGACCGUGCCUGUAUCCGCCCUGAAGUCUCACGGACUUUAACGUUUGGCCGUCAAGGUGUGAGUCUGGGUCAGUUUUACGACAAGUACCUGCGCUACAUUAAACUGAAUGCCGAAUUUGUGCCUUUCACAAAGUUAGACCUAAGCUACUUGAAGGAGGAGACGUACAGAAACAAUUUAGAAAAGGAAGUUUACAGUGCUCCUGUGGUGACAUAUGAAGAUGUAAAGCAGGGGCAGCUAAAAGGACCUGGGCCCUUCCGCCUUCAAUACUCGAGCAAGGACAGUUUUAAAGCGCUGGCCAAAAACCUGGGCAUCAUGGAUGACUUGAAGUCUGGAGUCCCAAGAACAGGCUACAGAGGAGUCGUCAGUUUCAUCUCAAGAGGAAGGAGAAUCUACCUGGCUCCCCCUCCAGGAUGGACGAAGUAUGAUCGCACCUGGAGCUGAUAAACCUGGAGAAACCUUAUCUACAGUAACCAUCGUGUAAUCUCCAAAACACGCUUCAGACCUGGUGUGAACAUCCGUCCUGAGUGAAAUGAUCACAAGUGGACAAGUAGAGAUGUGAACGCACCAAUUGCACAGGUGUGACAUAAUGAUUUUUUAAAUUUGUUUAGUAAAAUCGUAUUCCAUGGUAGAGACACAUUGAUUGAGUCAUCCCUUCUUGACUCUGCUCUCACUUGCAUGACAACGGACACAUAUGUAAACUCACCAGCUAAAAAUACAGUUCUGUCACCACAAAAAUAUCAUGUUCGGGUUUAUUUGCAUACUGAGCGGGGAAGUGAGAUCGGAUCACAAACAGUCACAGGAGACGUAUCUAGGACACAUUGAAACACCAGGUGUGAACAGACGUACUUGGAGCUGUCCCCUUGUGAUCGAGUCUCUUAGGUCGGUUGUUAGCAGCAGGUCUGAACGGGGGUUUAACGUCAGAUGGGGGGAGCAUUCCAGACCAAAGAGUGAUGUCCUUAAACUUUCUCUUGAAUGAUAUGUUUCAUUGUUCUUGAAACUGCAGAAUGGCUUGUCCCUCUGUCUGGUGUAGGGAUCAUUGCCAAUUCUACUCAGGUAUUUUUCAAUACACUUCUUACAGUGUAGGACUCAGCCUAAACAGUUUGUUAGCCACAACUGCUGUAAUUCACCAGAUAUCUAUUUUUUUAUACAACGCUAAAUGUGCACAUGACAUUCACUAAUGCAUUCAAUGCAAUUACCUAAUUUGCCACUUUUUGCUUGAAUUGUUUGUAAUUCCUGGUAGCCUUGUUGAACUGUUUAUGUCUGGUAUAAAUAUGAAAUCAUAAUCUGUGGUAUGGUUGUUUAUGGUGUUGGUGACUGGUCAUAACUGCAUUGUAAUCCGUUGUUAGAUUCUCAUUGUUUUUGUCUUUCAUGAAAAUCAGUUCUUCCAGCUUACAUUUAAUUUUAAGUAUUUUUUUUUUUUUAAAUGAUUCUUUGUUUUAUUUCUUGAAGCUUUGUUACCUUUCAAAUUGCAAUAUUUCUGUGUUUUGUAUAUUUUUAGGAAUUAAAAAAAUCUAUACAUAAUGGUGCCUUGGCACAUGUUUGUGAAAUAAAGAGUAACGAGGCAUUAA